AUGGGUGAGAUCCCAAAAAUCCUCUGGAUUGGAAGUACGGUGGUAUACUUCAAAUUUAUCCUAUCGCAUAAGAUUACAAAAUUACUCAUAUAA